UUUCAUUAAUGGUUGAGUUUAUACGGUGAUGCAGAAAAGUUGGUUGACAUUUAAUGUGUGUGAAAACGUAAAUCUUUCCCGUAUUAUUCCCUGUCUUCUUUGUAGCGUUAAAGAAGGAUAAUGCUGCUUCCCGGCUGCAGGGCUUGCUUCAUAGUUAUUGUGCAGUUGGCAGCUUUCUCAGGUAAGUUGUUAGUCCUUCGUAGAAGGCCGUUGUUGUUCAGUUUAGCAUGAAAACACGCGAUAGCAUGUGAGUUUUACCCGUGCGUUUUUUCUUAGUUUUUCUUUUAUUUAAUUCAUGGACCUGUUAGGAGGUUCUUUCGUUAAGAAUAACCCGCGUUUGGUUUUGUCCUCACCGGUUUUGUUGCAGUGUUUUGAAUUCAAUAUGUUUGUAGUAUGUGCCAUGUUUACUCUGCUGCGGACAAACGUACUCUCAUUUAAGAAUGUCUUACCUUUGAAUAACUUCCUAAACAAGCCUAAGAUGCCUUUCUCGUUGACCGCAAACGUGACUUGGAUCAUUUGCACGAGAAAUUAAAACUGAAAGUGUUUAAGUUAAGCUUGUGAGCUUUGCUCUUUCAAUCCGUCUGUGUUGUGAAGGCAAUUUUCGCGGGAUACAGCUACAAUAGCUAAUUCCCCCUGUUGUUGAGUAAAUGAUAUUCAUAGCUUUGUCUUUUUAAUCAUUAUAAAGGAUAUUCUUUUCCUGAAGGUGAAUGAAUCAAGGUCUUGUUUUCCUUUGGGUUUCUUCCCGUAGACCGCCGUUCAAGGAGCGUUCGGCUUUUUAGUUUUGUUGUUUAGCAGAAACAAAGACGUCAAUGCUGAGUUUAAUCGGGGAAUUAUGCUCUCGUUCUCGCAGUAACGCGCUGCUUUACGCCACAUGUGUUAGUCUUCUUUCUUCAUCUUCCCCGAAACAGAUUUUUUGGUGAAACUUCGCAGGAAAAUUUGGUUUUGAAGUCGCUUUAUAAUGUUAUCAAUGUAUUUCAACUCAAAACAUUAGAAAGAUGAACAGUCGAAACGUUCUGAUUCUGUAGGAAGACUUCAUUAACGUGACGAAUGAGACAAAGGUAGUUUUCUGCCUGUGACAGCAUUUGGCAAUAGACUCAUUUUGGUCUGUCUUAUUUCCUGAUUAUUAUAAUAGCUUCUGGUUCUGCAUGCAGGUUUUUUAAUUUUGCAAAGUUAAUUACAUCCUAUUCAUUUAUGAAGGUGUGAAAAGCGGCAUUGAGUUCUUUGUGCGUGUUCAAUCACCAGUGUCCCGUCAUUUAAAAUUUCGAAAACGCGCGUGUAAUUCAUCAAAGAUCAUCAUCAACCGUUUAUAAAUUUCAACUUUAUUGAUAAGUGCAGUGAUUCAAAACCUCGCUAGAGGCUAUCCUAAUUCCAAAACCGUGGUAUCACACUAAACUUGUGUUGUGUGAAACCUUUUUCCAUAAUUACCAUUCAUAGUUAAGUUUUGAUUACAAAAGAAACGGAAAUGAUUCAUAGUUAGUCUGUAACACCCUGACACCCUUCCUCACUCUAGAUUAAUCGUUAGUUUCUAGUUGUUCUCGUUAAAAUCUUAUCUAUAAUUUUGUCACCUUCUGAACUCCUUUAUUUUCAGUAUAGUAAAACUGGAUUUAACUGAGGACGAAUUUUAGAAUUGUUGUAAUUCACCGUGGCCCGGGCCUGCUGGGUAGGCCCUCAGGAAAUAUUUUUUUGGGAUAAUUCCUUAAAACCCGGAAAAAAAAUUAACUGUCGAAAAAUGCAGGGCUGGCAUCUGGAACAAGUCAGUUUGGUAACUGUAAGUGGAAAACUGGACAAUUGACAUUUGUUUGGAUUUAACCCUGUUGUAGCUCGUUGUGGCCGGCAGGUUUUUUGCUUGUUCAAGUAAAAUGCAUCUUCUUACGAUAAAUUAUUUUUGGCUGUGUGUGAAUGAACAUCAUUGUUUAUAUAGUUUAGUUACAUACCCAGGAAUGUGCAAAUCCUGUUGAUUUGUCAUUUUGAUUUCGUUCAAGAAAAUGAUAGUUAUACUCUUGGACUGUGUUGCUAUGAAGAGCAUAGUGCUUGCAUGUGUUUUACCAGGAGUACAGUCAAAAAUUGUAAAUAAGCUAUGACUUAAAUUACACAAAAAGCUUAUCUAUGAUGCCAAGUAAUGCUCGUCCAAGCACACUGUAAUGAUUGUUUAGGAAAAUAAUAACCCUGAUAACAGACCACAGGCAUUGUUUUUCUCUAUAUUUAUUGUUUGAAGUGCAAGUUCAAGUUUAUUUACAUAAUUCAAAUUUUAUCAAAGUUUGCACAGAUAAUGGGAACAUAGGCAACAUCAUCAGUUACAGUAGUUUUUGCCCUGCUGAUAUCAGUGCUUUAUUCAGACUGUGUUGAUAAACCAAUGAUAUUCUGCCUAAUGUAGUGUCUGUAAAAUCUCUUGGAAGACACUCCUGCUGCCAUAUAAAGCUGGCCCUGGUUGUUCAAACCUUGGAUAGCGCUAUCCACUGGAUAAAUCACUAUCCAGCUGAUAAGUAUUGGGGAAACUAUUUGGGUUAUCCACUGAAUAGAUUUUUAUAGGGUGGAUAGCUCUAUCCAACGUUUGAACCAGGACCUGGUACAUAUAAGAUAUCUGAAUUUCAUGCUGUGAUUAUAGAAUCUACUGUGAUUCUAUCUGCUAGUGAUUUUGUUACAAAUCACUGUGGAGUCCUGGCACAUGAUAUUAGAGAGCUUAAGCAGCAGAGUUGUUCUUUAGGUCAUGUACUUCAGGAAGGUUGUGUCCAGUCUGGAUCAAGAAGAGCAGAUUAAGCAAUGAAUGGUUUUUGGUGUAAUUCAAGUCAGGGAUGUCUUGUCUGUGUUUACUUUUGCUAUUUGUAAAUGUCUUCACUCAAAGCAUUUCAAAUUUGAGAAAGAUCUUUGUCACUGAAGUGGGCUUGUACAUUUUCUUUGUCCCAUUCUCAUGUAAACAUUUCCAUCUUUCACAUUUAUUCACUGAACUAGAAAUGCUGUCUUGUACUAUUUGAUUGUGUAGACACAAAUCAAGCAAACAAAAGUUACCGUAACUCCAUACAUGAAAGCAAACUUUAGUGGUCCAUUUUUUUGCAGUUUCAUUGAUCACAAUGAAAUUUAGUUUGCUCUUCAUUUUUAAAGCUGAUUGCACUAAAUAUCACAGGUGUUUGACCUGCAGUAUAGCUCAAAAACGUCUCUUGGAUAUACAUGUAUAUAAUCAAUCCAAUACAGUCACAAAAACACGCAGUCAUAACAUUUUAAUUUGAUAUUUAUCGUUGUAAAGAAAAUAACAAUUCAUGCAGAUGAAAUUAUCAUCCCUUGAAGUUGCAUGUGACGCCCUCUUAAAAGUAAUAAGAUGUGAGUUCACUUGAUGGUGAUUCACGUGGACAAGAAAUCCAUUAAAUCUUAUGUAAACCUUGCCAUCUUCGAGUUCUUCAAAGCCAGCUGGAGCUAGCUGGGUCAACUUGUCAAGUUUCAGAAAUAGAGUUACAAACUGUCUCUGAAAACACGGAAUGAAUAGCAGAAGGGUUUUUCCUUGGCUUUAGGCCAGCAAUGUAACCACAAUAUCGGGAAUUACCAAAACAUUCUUACCCAAACACGAACUUUCGAGUACUUGAAUCUCGUGUUCUAUCUUGAACUUCAAGACUGGUAAAUUCUGGCGUCGACGUCCUGACCUUACGAACGUAAAGACGUGCGCAGUAUUCACACUAGUACGAGUGACUUCUGGUCAGUGUUCUUGACCUCAAGAACAUCUGCUGCUUAUGUUCUCUAUUGCUCUCUUUGCAUCCUACAGCAGGACUUUCACUAAGGUCUUGGGGCUAGGGAUUUCCCCUGGCUAAUUUGAGCAUGACGCCUAGCAAAUUUGAGAGGAAAAGGAAAAUUACAUAGAACAUAAAGAACUAAGAGACCGCUGCCUGGUUAGCUGACUUGAAAGAGAGCACCAGUCUGCUGAGCAAGAGGCCAUGGGUCCAAACCCUAUCCAGACCAACACUCAGGGUUUUAAAAUAACCGAGAAGAAAGUGCUGCCUAUGUAAUGACAUCUGCAAAUGGUGUGACUUUCUAGUCUUCUCAGUAAAAGACGAAAAACCAUAGGUUUUGUCUCGGAGCACUUUCACUUAUAUGGUUCUAGUGGGAUGUGAAAGAACCUACACCACUGUUUGGAAAGAAUUGGGGAUGUAGACCCCAGUGGUGUGGCCAACCUUUCCUGGGCUGGGCAGGUUAUAUGCUUAGGGGAGGUACGCCUGGGAAUUCUUGGUGGGGGUGUGCCGCCUGGUUCUCCAAAUCCUGACCCGAUUUCAGACCAAAAAAUGUAAUUUUCCAUACCCGUUUUCAGACCUAACAUAACAUAACAUACAUGUUUAUUCAAACUCAUAAUGACCACAUGAAUUUGAAAGGGAGAGUCUAGAGGUUAACCCUAUGAAUAAAACUCUCCUAAAAACAACACACAAUAAAAAUUACAAUAAAAAUUACAAUAAAAAUUACAACUUUAAAAAGGAUUUGAGUUUACAUUUAAAAAGUUCAAGGGAACCGGCUUCAACAACAUUACUUAAGAAUAGGUAAAUUGUUCCAGUAACUAAUUCCAACAUUGUUAAAAAGAAUAUUUAAAACAGUUGAUUCUAGAUAAUUUACAUUUAAAAAUAAAGCUUAACUAAUUACAUUGUUAAAAAAAAGAAUAUUUAAAACAGUUGAUUUGCCCUAGUGGAUUUGACUUUUGCGAAUUGAAAGAAUUCCUCAAAAUCCAAGUGUGAUAAGCCAAACACGAUCUUAUAACAUUCAACAAGAGAGGAAUAUGUCCCACGACUGGACAAAGAUGGCCAAUGUAACGAGUCACAACGCUCUUCAUAAGACAUAUCACCUCUUUUUUGCCUAAGAGCUAAUCUUGACGUGCGUCUUUGCACGCUCUCUAUUGCAUGAAUAUCUUUGACAAGAUAUGGGUUCCAGACUGGAGCAGCAUACUCUAGAAGUGGUCUGACCAAUGUUUUGUAAAGCAAUGAAAAAGUUGUUGUAUUAGCUGUUCCAACAGACCGUCUUAUUAGCCCUAGGACUUGGUUCGCCUUAUUCACCAUGGUACUAAUAUGUUCACUCCAAGUAAGAUCUUUUGAUAUAAUAAUUCCAAGAUCUUUAAAGCUCUUGACAUCUUUUAAGGCCGUACCUAGGUUAUAAUUCGUAGUCGAUUUGUCACGAGAAUGCGUUAUUCGCAUUGCUUCACACUUUUCCUCAUUGAAACGAAGUUGCCAUUUUUUCGCCCAUUUACCAAGAUUAUUCAAAUCAGUUUGAAGGUAUUGUUCAUCGAGACUAGGGUUGCGAAGCUCUCUGUAAAUCUUAGUGUCAUCCGCAAAUAAUUUAAUUUUUGAAGAGACACUAUCAACGAUAUCAUUUAUAUAUGAUAGGAAUAAAAUUGGACCAAGAAUAGUUCCCUGUGGGGUACCAGAUAUCACAGGUGCCCAAUCAGAAAAAGUCCCUCUUACAACAACUCGUUGCUUUCUACACGUGAGGAAAUGCCUCAACCAGUUAAGAAGUUUACUCUCAAUACCGAGGCUAUAUAACUUUAUGAGUAGACGCUCAUGAGGAACACUAUCAAAAGCCUUUGCGAGAUCAAGAAAUACAACAUCUGUUGCUACAGAUGAAUUCCUAGAUUUGGCGAAGUCAUGAAAAGUAGAGAGUAAUUGGGUCACAGUAGACCUACCCUGCAAAAAACCAAAUUGGUUUUUGUUUAUCACGUUAUGGUCUUGCCAAAAUGACGUUAACCUAUCGCGCAUCACGAUUUUUUUCGCUGAUUUUGCAUAUCAUGGAUGUAAGCGAAAUUGGACGAUAAUUCUCCCUCAAGUGUUUAGAACCUUUCUUAUGAAGUGGGACAAUGUCAGCUGAUCUCCAAUCUUCGGCAAAUGGCCCAGCAGGAAAGAUUUGUUAACCAGAAAUGAGAUCGAGGGCGCCAAUUCGAACGCACAUGAUUUUAAAAUUACUGGUGAAAUUCUGUCUGGACCCGGGGACUUGUUCGUUUUAAGAGACUUAAGAUGCUUUAAAAUUUCCUCAGUAGUACAGGAAAUAUAAUUAAGUUUCUCACAAACUAAAGGCUCUAAAGAAGGCAAGUUGGUGAAGUCCUCAGAGGUAAAAACAGAUGAAAAAUAGGAAUUAAAACUACUAGCAAUACUCUCAUCGUCAAUCAGUUCUUUGUCACCAACCUUUAAAGAUACCAGAGUAUUCGUACCGUUACGUUUGCUUUUAAUAUAAUUCCAGAAAGGCUUGGAAUUACCAGAAACUGCAAUAUCAGAGGCCAUAUUGUUGAUAUAUCGUCCAUCGAGCUAAGUUACAUUCUCUUUUCACGACAUUGUUCAGUUUUCUGUACUUCUCCCAAAGGGCUGGAUUGCUGCUUUUUUCGCACUUUGUUAUACAACAAUUUCUUUUUUUCUGCACAACCUAAUAAGAUCCUUUGUUAUCCAAGGUGCAUUACAUUUUUUCUUGCCCGGCGCACGGGUAUGCAUUCAUCCAUAGCCGUAAAUAAAAGAUCUUUCCAGCAAGACCAGUUGUAUUCAAUGUCAUCAUCGAAAAAGCACAGUUCAAGGAAUGCAAGCCAAUAACAUCUUUAGGUGUGCCCAGUCAGUUUUGCCAUAUGAAUAGAAACAUUUCCGAGAUUUACGCUGGGUGUAGGGUGAUCUUAAGAUCUCAAAACUAAGAGAGUUAUGGUCGGAGAAGCAAUCGCCAACAACAAGACGAUCAAUGAUAUCUGGCGAGGAUGUGAUUAACAAGUCUAGAAUAUUUUGGUUCCUUGUAGGCUCACUGACCAGCUGUGUUAAGAAAUUGUCCUGAAUUAUAUCAAUUAAAAGGGCGUGAUUGUGAGAUUGUUGUAAAGCUCUAUUACAUGACCACUCGAUCUCCGGCAAGUUAAAAUCUCCAACCAGAAUUAAAUCAGCGGUUGAAUCAAGUCCUUGAAUAAAGGUCUGAAGGUCUUCCAAAGGCUUAAUAUCACUUCCGGGGUCGAUAAAACACGCCGAUAGUUAUCCAUCGGUUGUAAGAUGAGAGCACAUCAAUAAAAAGCAUUUCAGAGUCGCAUGGAUGAGUCGGACGAAGAGAAACAGUAAUGUAAUCACGCAUCGCAAUGAGUACACCACCGCCAUGAUGGCCAUUAAUCUUACGAUCUUUUCUAAAAACAGUAUAGUGAGAGGGAAAAAUCGGAGUCAAGAAUCGAAUGGUCCAAAUGCGUUUCAGUUAGUACAAUUAGAUCGUAGUUCCGUUGGUACAUUGCCAGUUCAAGUAGGUUAACUUUGUUGACAAUACUGCGAGCGUUGGCGUAAAAUGUUCGCAAACCACGAAGAUCAGGGCCAUCUUUCCGUGACUCAGAACUGACAAUUCCGCUCGGUGGACCAGGAUUUGGAUGGACAUCGCCACUUCUCAAGAGAAGCGGUAAUUGAAAACUCGAAACAGAGUUUGGAUAGUAGGCAACUCGCGAAGAAGAAAACCCCUUGCGACUGACAAACGACGUACAGUGACAACCACGUGGUGAAGAAAUGUUAACAGAAGCAAAAGCAAAUAGCCCAAACAGCGGUUCUUGUGAGGAAGACCGUGUAAAGACCGAUAUAACAGUUGUUUGCAAUUUCGCACGGGCAAAAACAAUGUCUCCGAAGAAGAUAAGGCAGAGAAAAAGCCGUAGACCUUGUGAGUGUCUGAAGACGUGACCAAACUCCAUGCCUUCUCGUAUGCUAAUCGGCGAUCUAGACCUGAACUCUAAAAUCCAUACCCUUUUUUAGACCUGGCCUUUAGGCAGAAAUUAUGUUAUCAUUACUUAGAUCAGAGCGCAAACAAAAAAAUUCUUCAAAUCCAUUUCAAAUUCGUAUAUAUCGUUCUUUCUUUCUUACUUAUUUGGAAUUGAAACGAUAAAGACAUUCAUACAAUCCCGUAGUUCCCUCAAAAACCGUACCCGAUUGCAGACCAAAAUGGGCAAAGUGUAUACUCGUUUUCAGACCAAAACAGCGCAAAAACCCUACCUGAUGGGGCGGGGCGGCACAUACCAUACAAGGGAGUACCCCCCCCGCGGGGUUAUAUGUAAGGAGAGAUCUUAAAAUAGGGAUAACCUCAUGAUCCUUUUUCAGGAGUCGUAAUGGCUACCUGUAAAUAAUGUUUGUGUGUGUAUGUCUGUGUGUAAACUUCUUAGCUCAUCAGUUUCCCGCCUAUUAGUUCCAUAUUAUACCCGGCAACUUGAAAUCUUAGUAACAGCUCUGUACAGGACCCAUGCCGUGUAUCGUUGCUCAUUUGGUGGGGAGUUUUAUUUGUCAGGGGUGUAGGGAUAACAAAAUUGCUGAUCAAAAUUGCUGAUCUUGUACUGGAGAACUAUGUGGUCAUCAGAUCCAUGUGAAGGUCUAACCAUUUGCAGGGCAGGUCCUUUAUUUCACCCUGAUUUGGUCCAUCCCUUGGGAUUGAACCUGCUACCUCAAGUCCGGUGCUUUAUUGACAGAGCUACAAGUAACUCUGGCAAUGAUGGUUUCAGUAGCUUAUCUUGUCGUGGUUUACCUGAUCCUAUAUAGAUGUGUUAAGGUUUUAAUCAAAAAAGGAAUAAUAUUAUUCUAACUUUGCAGUGUUUCUUUUUUAGGAUCAUUAGGAAUAAAAGUACCAUAUUUUAUUGAGGAACCCUCAGACAUUUAUGCUAGACGAGGAAGACCUGCACUUCUAAAAUGUCAAGUAGGUGGAGAUCCCAAACCAUCUAUAAGAUGGAGAAGAAAUGGGGUUCCACUGAGCUUGGACAGUCGUAGGACUAUAAACCCAGGUGGCUCUUUAUAUUUUUCGGAAAUUAUUCAUAAUAAAACUCAAAAGCCAGAUGAAGGCACAUACCAGUGUGAAGGAGUACUAUCCUACAACUCAGAGGAUUAUAGAAUAAUCAGCAGGACAGCCCGUCUUAUUAUUGCGGGUAAGUGUACCUUUUUAUUAUACUGUGUGGGAAAUAUGGUACUAGGAUUAGUGCAACCUAAUGUGGUUGUUGUAUUAUCUAUGCUGGUUAAAACUGUGAAAGGUUUGAACCCAGGAGUCAGUUCACAAGUAAGUUGAGCAUGAUUGUGCAGGUGAAAAUAGUCCUGAAAUUAUAGGACUGUUGUUGACAGUGACUGAUGUUUUCGGCUCCUUUGCAGUAGUCAUCUUCAGAGUCAAAGUGAGUUGUAUUAUGUCAGUUGAUGGUAUUUAACUCUGGUUAUUGACUUGAUUGGUCAAUUAUAACUUAUACUGGUCAAGUAAAAAAAUUGUCUUUGCAUAGUGUUAUUUUUUAGGAGAGGCUAUUUGUUUGGGAAUGGAUUGCAUUUUUGUAGGGUUUGAUCAACGCUGUGCUUUAUGCUAAAUUUUGUGGAGCCCUGUACCCUGAAUCUAUGAAAUUCAGGGUGCCCACCUAGUUCCACAAAAACAAAAGUGAGGCACCAAGGGAUACUGGGCUCUACAAGAUCAUAACUCUGAUGAUCAAGAUCAUGGGCUUGUUAGCAUGAGAAUGCAACUUUUUACUCCUGAAAGGAAGAUUUGUAACAAAUUGAGGUCACCUCCACCCUUGCAUCCAUUCAAAGGCCAUUGCAUUAUGGGCACACAAUACUGUGAAAUAGCCUGUUAAUACAAAAGCUGUAAGGGCAGGAAAAUAGGACCAUCUUAACUUCCGAGGUGGUUAACUUAGCAAAAAUAUGAUUCUAAAAAAAUGCAGACCUGAUCAGAUGAGCAAGUUGUCGAGGGAGAAAUUAAAAAAUAGUUUCUAGACACUAAUUGAAUUCACUGCUAUUUCCAGUAAUUAUUAAUUGCAAUUUAACAGAUUAACAGGGGCAAUCUUUGCUUCCAUGUGGCAGAUUUGGCACUUAGCAUUUUUCAGCAAAUUUUGUUCCUCAAGCUGUAAGCUUGUCUUAAGUGUGCAGCAGACUCCACUUUGCAUGUAAUCAGUAACUGGUUUCUCUAGUUGGCAAAGACAAUAACAGUUACUGUAAAUUUCCACCCUACAGGUAUUUCCUCCAAAGUAUCUGUUACUCCUUCAGUCUUAAACGCUAUUCAAGGUGACACCUCAAGAUUAUUUUGCAGUGUAAAACAUUCCACACCUAAAGCUUUGAUCGCUUGGAAAAAGCAAGGUUCAACUAAUGUUACAAUUACAACUGGAAAUCAUUUUACUUUGACCCCUGAUGGUGCUCUACACAUCAGGAACAUUAGAUUUGAAGAUCAGGGAAAAUAUGAAUGCAUUGCAGUAAAUAACAAAACCAUGAGGCAGCACACUAGCACAAAUGCAGCAACUGUACAAGUUCUUCCUGGUAUGUUUUAAAUUGCAGGGGUAUUUUGCAGAACGCUGAAUGGCUGCCGAAUGCCAAAUGACUCGGAAGUUUGGUGUUUGGGUUAGGAAAUCAAGUGAAUCAAGUUUCAUGUCAGUUUUCCCAGUAUAAUGACCUUAAAUGAAACCUGAUUCACUCAGUUUCCUAACCCUCUUCGACCAAACUUCAGCGUCAUUUGGCGUGUGGCAGCCAUUUGGCGAUCUGUAAACUAUCCCUGCCAUGUUUACAUGCAUUAUAAUUCAGAAAUUUAUAGGACAAUAUGUUUGUUGUGCCAUUAGUUGUAUGUGUAACAUCACUGAGGCAAAGUAUCCGAUCCAAGGUGAGUAAUAAUGCCAUCAGCCUAGAAGGAUUUAAAGGCUUUCAGAUUUAUUCCUGCACUUUUUGAGGACUAAGAAAUAUUGUCUGUGAGGAACUCAAACCGUAACUAAAUGUACAAUCACACUCGGUGGAAAUAGGAUAUCUGCAUAAUAAUCAAACACAAAUGCAAUCCACAACUCUUUUAAAAACUUAAACUCUUAAUGGUUUUCAUUCUUGUUAAUGCUGUCAAAAACAUCGAAAUGUCAAAAAUUUCCUUAGUAUAUUUAUUUUUUGUUAAAUGCUUUAACAAGCAACUGAUCAUCUGAUCUAGUGAAUUAAUUAUUUGUUUUAUUAAUUCAUUGUAAUAAUGAUUGUAAUAAUUUAAUUGAGAACAUUUCUACAGAUCAGCUUGAAAAGAUGCUUUUCAUGCACAUAAAUUUAUUAGGAACUUAAGCAAAUUGGUUUUACAGUACUUCUGUAAUUUGAUUUACCUUCACUUGCCAGUUGGGUAAGUUAAGAACAGAAUUCAUCAGCCCGAUUGCAAAAUCCAGACACAACUUUCUCUAGCCCUAGGAUGUCAUGGUAACGAUUGUAUCUGGUACCUUGUUGUUACUGUUAGCACGAUCUUAAAAUAACAGAACUGAAAUACUGUUUCCCAGUGACAUUUUCAGCCUUAGGGAUCAAUUAACUGAACACUGUAGGCAUGUGUGACAUCAAAAAUGCUUGCCUGCCAAAUUUUGUUUUAGUAUUAUGGGACAUCUAAUGAUGGUUUCUGAAAGAAGUGACCACAAGGAUGUCAAAAGUGAAAAUUUUUUUGAAAUGUGUAGUUCCAGAAAAUAUCCAGACCCCCACCACGGAGGGAAUUGGAAAUUCCAGGGGGGUGGGGGGGUCAGAGGCCCAGGAAAUUCCAGAAGGGAGGGGGGUUGGACCAUAAAAUCACUUUCCAGGGGGGCAAUAUCAUUUUGUUUUCGACCUGAGAUCGAACAUUGCUUCUUACCGACCUGAUAGAUCAUUUUUAGGACAUAAAUAACUUGACAUAUAUCACUUAAGAUUGUUCCUUUUUGAUCUUAACCAGGUUUCCUUUCUUCCAAAAGCGUUUUGGAUGUAAUUUCAAAGGAAUUAGACCGACUACAAUUCGUUUUAUCGCAUGCUCGUAUAUUUGGCCGCCAUUACUCGUUACCAGUCUUCCUCAAAACAUCAACGCAUGCAACACAUCACGCAACACAACACGUUGCGUCAGUCGAUCGAUAGAUCAGAAGAGUGGCUAUUUUGCCUCACGAAGCACAAGCUAUACGUUGUAACCAUUUUAGAAUGAAGAGUUUUUAUUCUCCUUUUCAUUUUCCCUUAAUUUUGUGGUUGAACGUGUGGCAUGUUCUUGAUCGAAUUCUCGCUGAAAUGGUGUCGAUUUCACCAAACAUUUAUACGGCCAUCGGGCAUCACGUCGCAUCAGUCGAUCGAAAAACAGUAAAUUGAACUUGGUUUCCCUUCAAGUAUCUUCAAGAUGCAGGGGGUAUUCAUUGUUAUCAUUUCAGAAUUCAGAGUUUUUAUUCUCCUCUUUGCUUUGCAUUAAUUUUGUGGUCGUAAGUUUGACUUGUUCUGCAUUCCCGCACGAAAUGGCGUUAAUUCUAUCAACAUUACACCCAUGAGACGAAUAACAAAUCUAAGCUUGCCCUGAUUAAGGUAAAUUCACAAAUAUAACCGACUUAUUAACUUUCUCUGUUUCAUUUAAAGUAAGAGAUGAGCAAAAAUUACAGAUCAGGUUACUUUGUGCUGGUGUAGUGUGUUUUAAUGUUGCGAGAUCACUCAAAUAAAUGGAAACAGAAGCAUGCAAGCUUCUCAUGAAACCGUUGGGUACUAACCAUACGUUGCCUCAUUCUUCUAGUUUAAUAGUCUUUCUUCGUGAAAAUGAACUUUUCCAGAGGGGUUGAGGGGUCUUUGUCACACUUGUGGAAAUUCCGAAGGGGUGGGGGGUCAUCAGUUCCCUGCAAAAAUGGAAAAUCCAGGGAGGUGGGGGGGUCCUAAGUGAAAUUCCCUCCGUGGUGGGGGUCUGGAUAUUUUCUGGAACUACACAAUAUGCCUAUCCACUCAAAAGAUAUAGCGUUUUGAAAGUUGACUUUUCCGCCAUUUUGUUACUAAAAAUAUUCAAAUUUCAAAACGAUAUAUCUCUUGAGUGGAUAGGCAUGUUUUUUUCGAAAAUUUUGACAUCCUUACAGUGAGUUCUUUCAGAAACCAUCAUUAGAUAUCAUAUUAUACUAAGAGCAAAAUUUGGUGGGAACUUUGUGACGUCAUUUUCCCACCAAAAAUGUCAAAAUCUGAAAAACAAAAAACAUACAUUUGUUUUGAAUGGUGGGUUCUACAUUGCAAAAUUUCAAGAAACUAAAAAAUAUGAAUAAAGGCGAGCAUUUUUGAUGUCACAUAUACCCACUGUGGAAAUUCACUAUUUCUCCACUCAGAUUCUUAACUUGUAGAACAAUUCUUUAGUUAUAUUAAUACGAAACAAAAUCAUUGUUUAGCGUCUAUCAGUUUUUUUGUGUGUGCCAUCGUUCCCAAAGUGUAUUGCACGUUACUGGUUUAUGCAGCGUGUAAAGAAAGUUGUGUCCGAUAGCCCAGGGCUAGUGAAUUUUAUUAUUGGGCUAGUGAAUUCUGUUCUUAACUUGCCCUUGUAGCAAGUGAAAUUUUUUACGGAAUUCUAAUCACAAAAUAACAGUUAUCAACCCUGCUCAUCGUCGGGCUAGUUAAAAUGACUUUUGGGCUAGUACAUACUAACUACGGCUUGCCCGAAUGGCAAGCUGUAAAACUGACUUUCUUCGCACCCUGUUUAUGGCUUAAAAAAUUGAAAUCAUUUAAGAGGUGGGUUCCCAUUUUCUCGGAGCCAAAAAAUUGUUACAGGUGGUUUCCCAUGAUCUCUGGGCAUAGAGCCCAAAAAUUGUUAUCCAUGAGAAUUGAAAUCCUAGGGCUUGCUUUCUUUGCAUGCUGAUUAACCCCAUUCCAAAAUGUGAUGUUAACUCUCUUGGAGGGACACCUUUGGGGCCGGCACUAGUACUGUCUGUCUGUCUUAUGGAGAUGUCCGUCUUAUAGAGAGUCGACUAAAAUGAUUAACAUACAUACAUACAUUCCUCUGGUAAUAAUAACUGGACUAUUAUUUUAAUGAAACAGACGAAGGUUUUCCUCGUCGUCCAUAUUUUGAGGCGUCACCUAAAGAUACAGUAGCAGUAGUGGGAAGCAAAGUGGUUCUUGAGUGUUUAGCAAAUGGCUCUCCCAAGCCAAGAGUAACAUGGCUGCGAGAUGGUGUUCAAGUUGGAAGUCAAGGUUAUUCAAUUUUUGGAGAGAGUAAUCUGAUGAUUCUUUCUGUGUCUGUGGAAAAUGCGGGAACUUACACAUGUCGUGCAUCAGCUUUAAACAGAGAAGAAGAAACAACAGCUAAGUUAGAAGUACACUGUGAGUGACUAUUAUUUUGCCGUGCAUUAAGCUAGCUGAACAGAGGAAACAUUGUAGUAGUAUACCCUCAGUAAAGGAACGUUUUUUAAAAUUUAUCAGCAGUUAAAUGAAGAAAUAUUCCUUUAGAUAUUGACACAGCACAACUUCUUCUGAGAGAAUAAAAUAAUGUAUCAUAAAAUGGGGAGCCUUAAGUCAUGAAUUCUUGAAAUUCAAAAUAAGAGUCUUGGAAUCUUGGGCUCACAAAUAUUUAAACCUCCUCAGAGUCUAGAAUUUUGAAAGUAUAGUUCUCUACGUCUUGUAAAACUCUCAAGUAGCUAUUGAAGUUUACCUAUUUCUGCUAGUGUGACUUCUGUUGAGUUUAUAUCCCAGCAAAUCCCAGCUAGCAUGUUGCAAAACAAUGCAGUAAAAUUGAAAAAAAAAAAACUUGAAAAGAAAAAUAAGAGAUUGCUUUUAGGCUAAUCCAGUUGAAGAUUUUAUAUGUUUUGGACUUUGUAGGAACUCUUGUUUUGAAACUUUUCAGCUCUUUAGAGUUUCAGUCUCGGGGUUGAACUUUCUUAUUGAAUGUAAAGUCUCGGCCUCUGAUAUGAUAUUAGAUGAGCCAAGGUCUCUGAUUUACCAUAUACCCCUACUUCUGCAAGCCAAAAAGGGAAGCACAAAAAAAUAAUUGUGUAUUCCCCUCAUGAAGUUGUUUACCAUGAGAUCUAGGUUUUUGCAGUAUUAUAUGAGUUUGUCUCCAAAACUAUGAAUGCCACUGCAAAACUGAGGGCUAUGCAUUUGUCUGCAAGUGUUAAAAAUGUUUUUAUCUUGUGUUGUCAUUAUUUUCCAGAUGGUCCUGUUUUUACCAAGAAACCAAAUGCUGUCAAUGCUUAUGAAAACACAAAUGCGAGAUUUGAAUGUAGAGCAGAUGGAAUUCCUAAGCCAAACAUCACAUGGACUAAAAAUGGUGAAGAACUGGUCAAUAAGGCUUUUAUCAGCAUUAAAGAUGGCUACUUGACUGUGAAUGAUUUAGUGCCGUCAGAUAAAGGAGUUUACCAGUGCUUUGCAAAGAACUAUUUAGGAAAAAUCCAAGCAUCUGCUCAGCUUUCUGUGUACAGAGAAGGUAAUUAUUUUAUGUAAAGAGCUUAAAGGUUUUAAGCAGAGGUUUCAUUUAAACCAGUUACUGGGUAUGUACUUCCACCUACAUGACUCUUAAUGCCAUGUGAGAGUUAAUAAGAAUUAGUUAUUAAUGUGUUGCUUUUUACUAAUUUAUCUUAAUGCUUGGCUACACAGGAGAGCGUAUUCCAGCUACAACACCUACACCGGCCACAACUCAGGAACCUACAACAGCUGUAAUAACAACACCACAAUCUACAGCACCAGCUCCUCGUGUGCCUGAAAAACCAGAGAAUGUGAAGGCCGUUGCUGUUUCUCAUACUGAAAUAAAUGUGUCUUGGUCACCACCAAGCAUAACAAAUGGAGAGAUUUUAAAAUACCGCAUCUUCUGCUUUGAAGAAGUCCGACAAGGUAGGAAGUUCUCUCUUCAGGGCUUCUGAUAUUUCUAGCGGUCGCGGACCCGCGAAUUCAGGCAUUUUCGUGAAAUACCGCGAAAUCCGCCAGAAAUAUUUCCAAAUACAUGUCGGCAAAACAUAUUUAAUACUUAUCUUGGCUUUUAGACCUUUUCUAUUCCCUGCAAACGUCCAAAUUUAUCUUGAAACUUCGUCACUGCAAUGAGUAAACAACGUCCCAAAACUACCAGGCGUUCUUAGAUGAACGUUGUGAAAAACUGGGCACUAACCAUAAUGUAACAGGUUUAGCAUUCGCUCAUUUCUCGAGCAAACUGUCGUUGAAAGAGCGAAAUAAUGAUUAUCCCUGUUAAAAAAAAAACGUUAAACAACGCUGGUCAUAUCGACGCAAAAUUGGUCGAUUUUAGCGAAAUUUGCCAAAAAAAACCCCAGCAAAAUCGGCUGUUUCUUACUGAUUGUUUCUUGGUGAAGUUUCCCCUUGAAAUUUCCCGUGAAAUCGGCCGAUUUUUCUAUAAAUUUGCCCCUGAAAAUCCUUCGAAAUUUGACUUUUUUCCGCUAAAAUGCCGCAAAAUCAGCCGAUUUUUCUGCGAAUUUUGACUUUUCUCCCGUGAAAUCUGCCAAUUUUUUCGCCAAUUUUGACUUUUUUCCCGCGAAAUUGGCCGAUUUUUCCGCGAAUUUGGCCCUGAAAAUCCCGCGAAAUUUUGCUUUUUUUUUUCCGCGAAAUAUCAGAAGCCCUGUCUCUUUCACUAAGGGAUUAAAGGAUAAAGCUGAAGCUUACACCUUUCAUGAAGUGCUUUCCCCUUCACUCAACCACUUCACAAGGUUGUGCUCUAACGGCGCCCAGUCGCCUGAGGCGACUGAAAAAAAGUUCCUGGUCGCCCGGCCGGGCAUUCUUGCUUCUGGUGCAGUGUUCAGUUAAGCAGGCAGAAAAAUUUAACAUACUAGUGUUGGCUUGUUGAGUCAGAGUUUACUAAACCCUACAGAAAAUGUUUUUACGAAUGUUGUACGAAAGAAACGGGUGCGCGUCAAUGUUCAAAGGUCGUUCUGCAUGAUUUCACAUGUAACAUAGUCCAUCACUUUGAACAUGACAAGUGGCAUGGAUUUCGAUUUAUACUUUUACAAUUUUUCAGAUAGAAUGGUUCAUUAGGUACAGUUUUUAGGAGGAACUGUCAAUGCUUUUCUGACAAAAAUAGAGCGCGGUUGGCGAUGCGGAGUAAUUUAUUUUUGUAUAAAACGGAAGUUGCUGUAUUGACCAGUAUGCAAAUGUCAUGUUUUUAUGGUUUUUGGCUGCUGUGACUGCUUGGCUGAAACAUAACUUAUGAUUAUUUUCUUCCCUUUACAUAAGAUAACGAAAAAGAAAAAGAAAAGAUAUGAUCGUUCUGAUCGUUUUUACUGUUGUUUUAAAAACAGGGCAGUUCGACAUUGUCUUGCCAUUUUAUGUAUCAAAAACUAAAUUCGCAUGCAUGCAUACAUAUAUAGGCUAAAUUUAACGGCCAAAAAAAAUAAUAAUAAAAAUAAGGAAAGAAGAGCCGUAUCCACAAAAAGCUCAAUCAUCCUAAAAGAUUCACUGAUAAUGUAGAAAACAAAAUUAAAGAUGACUUAUUUUUUAUUAACACAAUGGGUUUGGGGCCACGGUGGUUUCACUGUUUCACAGAAUUGAGUUCGAUCUGCCGCGUAUAAAACUCUGUCACAUUAUAUUUCAUGCUGCAUUGAUUCACCUUUGGAAAAUUUAUGUUUUGGAAAAUUUAAAAGGACAGUUUUUCAUGUUUGAGCCUGUGUUUAGUUUGGCUUAUUUGAAAAAAACGUAUUUUGAACCAAAACAUCUUAACUGGUAAAAGGACAGUUUUCCUAUGUUUGAGCCAAAGAUCUUAAUGAAGUUUAUGUAAACCUGCUGAAAUUUUUUACUUUUCCCUGUUCAAAACCUAAACAAUUCGGCGGCAUUGCUCACGUUUCUGGUUUUAAAUCUGAAUGGAACGAAAAGUUUGAUUGGUUUCAUAAGACAACAUGUGGGUUUUUACCGAGUUUGGUGAUCAGCAGGCCAGUAAGAUUCGUGUGCGUACAAAAUACUUCCUCAUCAGAUGUACUUGGGUGACCAACUUGAGAGGCCCGGGGGCCCCAGCCCUAACUAAAAUGCUAAAAGAUAGAAAAAUAUUACAGUCAAAGCCAAAUCAAAUUGGGAAACUGAGUUGGUUGAAAUUUCCUAACUGCCUCGUGUGUGAAUUUCUGGCUUAUUACACAUGCAAGAAUGCAGAGAUGAAUCUACAAGUACCAAUGGAUUCAACUUUUGAAUAAUAAAUUUCAUUGAUGGGAUCUUGGUGGGGUAUGCUUGACCUGCCUUGACUGUAACCCAGGAGUAAAAAUCCAAUUGCUAUCCCAUAAACCCCACGGAGUGUUACAUGUAGUCCUAGUAUAGGGAAUAGAGAGAAGUCAUUAUGUCACAUUGCCAUGCAGCAAAAUUCCUGAAUCUCUGCAAACCAUAGUCCUGCAACUGUGGCAGAAAAUAUGAUCGCAUAUGUCAAUGUCAAUAACCUCGACGUCAGAGCUUGAAUUGUCACCGAUCAGUUGUGCUUCAUCAUACUCUACUUUGACUUGGCAGGGAGUGGAUAAAAGAAAGGAAAGAAGACCAGAGGGGUGGGGGUGGGGCGCGAUUUUUCAAGGGAGGCGAUUAUUUUAAAUAUUUCCGUCUAAAGGGGGUGAUUAUUUGAGGGAGGUGUUUAAUUGAUGGAUGGCUAUUAUUCGAGGAAUGUGGUACCCCUUUCCUCUCCUCCAGGAUUGAUAGGCUACACUGCAUUAAGCAUGCAGUCAGUCAGCCUUUCCUCAUUAUUUUGUGACUACAUAAAACAGUUUCAUCUCCUUUUGUCAGCAAUUUUUGCUCAACGUUUUUACAGGAAGUUCGGGUAGUGGCGUCAAACAGAAAAAUAUGCCUGGAGACAGUCGCAGUGUACAGAUCACAGACCUCAAACCAGACACAAAGUACCGUUUUACUGUGUUUGCUCAUAAUGAACAUGGAGCAGGGAUAAUUUCUGACGAGGUAAUAGCCAGGACAUACCCCAGCUCUGAUGUACCAGGAAGACCUCUUAACUUAGUAGCUGAAGCAGUGUCGGAAUCAACAGUUAGAGUCACAUGGGCUGCACCUACCACUGGGUAAGAUAGUUGUCAGCAUUUCAUUUUUUCAAACAAUUUCUAAAGUUUCUAUAAAUCUGAACUCCAUUAUCUGGCGGAUAAAAUUUGAUAGUAAGAGAUCUGUUGUCUAUUUAUCCCUAGAAAACGGCUAACUUUUCACAACCCCACCACUGGUAUCCCCGCGAAAUGACAUGUGAGCAACAACUGAAGAGACUCCAUACUGAUGACAUUCACUACCCAAAUCUGGGUAUCGCUCCUGAUUGGUUGAAGCAGAUUUCUCUCGCAACAGGACCAAUCAGAAGCAUUACUCAGAACCAGGUAGUGACACGGCAUCAGUGUGGAAUUUCUGCAGUCAUUGCUCAGACGUCAUUUUGCAGGAAAACUAGUGGUGGUGGUGUUGCAAAAUGUUUGCUGUUUUCUCUUGCCUUGUCUUUCAACUUUUGUGUGAUGUUACAUGUGCAUUAAUAACAGUAUAUGCAUAACCUCAAAUUUGGGGGUUGAGGAUAGUGAUAUAAAGAUGCAAGACUGUGGAUUUGUGUAGUUUAACAGACACUUGUAAAACAUAAGAACAGGUUAAUUUGCCAUUCUCCAAUUCGUAUGUUCUUGUCAUCCAUGAUGAUGAACCUUAAUUUGACCCUUAACUUUUGGAGAUUAGUAUUAGAGUAGGUUGCAUCACCUUGGUGUUUUCUUGUUAUUUCUGCAAAACUCUGGACAGCAUAUGGGAUAUGAAAUUAACAUCAUCUACCCGCUUACCAUUUUCCGAAAGAAGAAGAAGAAGAAGCUUUGAUUAAUUUGUUAAAAAGCAUAUGUAGGUCUUUGUGUUGUAGUUUUAAAUUGAGUAAGUAGUACUUGUGCUCAAAGUCUGAAUUUUAAUGUCUGACUUUGUUACCCCAGUGCAAGCCCAUCUAUGUAUGUGAUUAUUUACAAAGAUGUAAGUGGUGAUUCUGGACAGAUGAGAGAUGUCACUAAGCAACAAACAAAGCUCCUGCGUGAUCUUAAAACCUACACCAAGUACACCAUCACCGUGUUUGGUGUGGACAAGAGAGGGAUUAAUGGACCCACUGCAGAAACAGAGGUCACAACGAGAAGUGGAGGUAUUGCACUUUUAUAACAUUGACACUGUCUAAACCCUAACUUCAACAUAUUCAUCCUCUUUCUAAUAGAGGGAAUUCAUUUCAAAAGUCAAGUGUCUUUUACUGUGGUUAAGCAAGUAUGGCAGUUGAAAUAUAGAAAUAGACUGGUCUUUUGUUUAUUUAUCUUUGUAUUGUGUUUUUCUUUGCAAUUAUUUAAUAUUUAAUGAUAAUUUUCUCUAUUAUGAAGAUGAUGGUAUGUUUUAUUUGUCAGUAACAUCAGGAAUAAAAGUAGGGGCUGGUUGCUAGUUUUCGUUUGUGACCUUUAAAAAGGUUUAAAGGUUUGUUUAUAGUGGAAAGUGCUCUUACACGCAGCUUUUCGAGCUAGUUGACAGGCACUCCACUCAAAUACUUUAAAUACAACAUAACAGAAUUAAUAUAUAGAUUUAGCCAGGGCUAAAAGCGAAGCUCUCGUUAAUAAAUUUGUAAUUUAAAUAAAACAAUAAACUUGUAUUCCACAAAUCAGUAAACUUUAGAGCACAUUUAUAUACUUUUGAGGGAAAGGUUAAGUGAUUUUAGAGAAAAAUAAUUUGCAAACAGCCCAAGAGUGAACCAAAUCUUAAAUCGAGUUGAUAGCCUUAUAUGUACACCCAAAAAAUAGCAAUCAUCUUCGAUCACAUUUAAGAGCCGCAAUGGCUCUUGAUCAUAGUAGAUUAGGCCUGGGAACCAAAUCCUUGGAAAACAAAUCAGGCCGAAUUUUUUUGCGUUCGACAAGUUUGCUUUACAAAAUCCGGGGCUAACAAAUCUGGGGGCAUGUAAACUAACCUAUUAUACUUUUUAUACAUCACAUCUGAGGUGAAACAGUACUAUGAGGCACUGUUUUUAUCAUACAGCCCUCGGACAGCACUAUUUCACAAUUUUGAAUCACAAAUUGCAUUCAUUCAAUAUUCAGGACGAUCGAAGCACACGAGGGCUUUUAGCGAAACCGCUUAAAGAAAUUUCAAUUCAAAAUCACCUAUACGGCCAGCCGGUUGCGAGCUGUGGAGUGUUUGAAUGAACAUUAAUAGAGUUACCAUUCAACAUAAUAAAGAAUUUAUCAUGUUUAUUUUUUAUUUAGUGGUUUUAUAACGAUGUGCAAUCUUCCAAAGCGUUUGAUACGCGCGGCGUUUUGAGUACUCCUGCAAUUGAUGUUCAUGAACGACUGAAAACAAACGGCACAGCGAUUACAGUCAAACCAGGUCAAGCGUUCCCGUCGCUAACGAACUAAUGAAUACAUUCACGGAAAAAUGAUUUCGUUUGUUGAUUCAAUAAUCCAUUCAUAAAAUGAACAAUCCAAUAUUCAUAUUUAGCCUCCAUUCCAUAAUCGAAUGUUGAUUCGAUGACUGUUUUUUGAAAAACUACACUUUCCACAAGUUGACCUCAGAAUUUUGUUUUUUCCUCUUUUUUUUCUGAGAGUCGAGUGCUGGCGAGUUCUGAAGUUCAAACCCAAACAAACUGUUACAUGUACGCCAGUUUGCUGCCAGUAAUCAGUGCAACAGACCUAGGCCUGACCUCUUAGAAAACACAACGGUCAAACUAAGGUCAGUGUAUGUGCGGUGAUUGGUGGAUUUCGAUCCUCGGCCUUUGUCAGUUUCUCAUAGUUUCUUUGCGUUUGCGGUCUAUCUAUUCUAGCUGUUAUUUUGAUUAUUAAAAGGCAAUGAAAAACGCAAUCGUAAACGGCAGGAAAAAGGAAGCAAAUACGAUUGAACACAACAGACAAGAAUAAAGAACAGGUAGAUUUUGUUCAUAAACCAAAUCAACAUUUGAUUAUUGAAUCGAGGUCCAAUUUGACUGUUGGAUUAUUCAUUUUAUGAAUGGAUUAUAGAAUCAACAAACGAAAUCAUUUUUCCAUUAAUGAAUUCAUUAGUUUGUUAGCGACGGGAACGCUUGACCUGGUUGGACUGUAAAAAUUGCAAGAGAGACUAUUGACAAUCCAUAAAAGAAAUAUAAUUCAGUGAAACAUGUACAGAGACAAUAAUUUUCAUUUACGAAGACAAUAGUAUUAAAGUGUCUCUAAAAAUCCUGAGUCUUCAAACUUAAAACUUAAAGUUUAUGUUUUAAGCCGGCUUCCCGGUGUUUGCUUUUUUCAAAGAUUAACUCGAGGCAAGAAAAUCGCUCAAGCUUUCGUUUACAGCCAGAAUUAUAACAAAAUUUUCUUUGCAACGUUGUCUUUCUAUUUGAGGUGAGAAAAUGUAUAAAGGCUUUUAAAAGUUCUGUAAGCUUAUAUCAAACCUGAUACUAGGUCAGAUCAUUUGUCUCAAAUCUUACAAACGUGCAUAAACUAAAUAGCCGCAUAAACUACGCUCGACUUCAUUAAAUAAGAUAUUAAAGACAAAUGUCAAAUACAAUAAUUACUCAGGCUUACCAUUCGAGAUGCAGUUCCUGGAAGCUAUGAAGUAAGGCCAAAAUCGCUUCAGACUUUUCAACCCUCUUACGCAUCAAGCAAGGUGAAAAACGAAAAUGAUGCCAUCCGAAAUCGGAUUUGCGACUUUGACAAGCGACGUAUUUCUCAAGCAAAAACCCGAUAAACAAACUAGCCUUGAAUAACAGAAGACUCUUGAUAGCAGCUGAAUUUCAUUUUGUACAAUGUUCAGUGGAAAAAGACAGUUAAAAACAUCACAAGUUGACACAAAACUCUGUCAGCUUCAGCUGUCAAAGUAAACAAGUUUCAACUUGCUGCAUAAAUUUUCCGCAUGAACUCACCUGUCAAAUUUUGACCAAUCAGAGCAUAAAAAUUAGACGUAGAGUGUGACCAACGCGUGACCUUGAUGAGUAAAGUCAAAACAACUGGCAUGUCUUCCCUGCCUGUAAAAACUGGCUGAAUCUUAGCUUCUGAGGUCAGUUUGAAAUCAAAAUGUUAAUUGUGCAGCACAUAUAUAUAAAACACAACAUAUUUCAUAUGAAUUAAAAAAUUAAACUUGAGCCUGCAAUCAUUUGAAAACUAGUAACUUGUCAGUGGAUAACUGCAAAAAAUACUCGACCUCGAUGGGUCAACACCCGAGCCUGCGAUACGGUCAGGUGAUACUGGUCAGCGGAUACCCUGUUUUGACAGCUGUCCUUUGAUCACAACAUUGAUGUGCAAUAUGUGUGCAAUAUCAGUCUUCCUGUGCUACCAAACUAGCUAGAAAGUGUGGGAUUGAACAUUGGUUGCCCUCUGGUGCGGACGGACGGGCAGCGGGCGGGCGGUGUACAGUCACGUGAUUACCAAAUUUUCUGGGAUGGGUAGAUUUACUUUAGGGGCAAAUUCACGGAAUUUUUGCGGCAAACUUAGCCGAAAAUCAAUCGGUCAAAAAAGGCCGAUUUUGUGGUUAUUUUCCGGGAAACUUCGUCAGAGAUCGAUCGGUUUUGCGCUGAUCAGACCAGCGUUUUUAAUGUUUUUCUAACAGAGGUCAUCAUUUGCUCUUUCAACAACAAUACGCUCCAGAACUGAACCAAUGGCAAAGCCUUUAACAUCAUGGUUAGUGCCCAGUUUUUCGCAACAUAAUCAACGCCUGGUAGUUUCGGAGUUACGGGACGUUGUUUGCACGUUUCAGUGACAAAGUUUCAAGAUAAAUUUACAAGUUUACGGCAAGUAAAUAGCCCCAAUAGCUGAGAAAAGUUUCAAAUAUGUUUUACAGACAUGUAUUUGAUAAGAUUUCUACCGAAUUUCACGGUAUUUUGCGUGUUUUUGUGAAUUUCGCGGCUCUACGACAGCGCGAAAUAUCAGAAGCCCUGACUACGAGCUGCGUCAUUUACAUUAUACAAACUGGCGACUAAAAAUUUGCAUCUGGCAACUAUAUUUCUCCAGUUGGUCGCCAAAAGGCGACCAGAGGAUUUUUUUAAUUUCGAGCCCUGAAACCCCAACUCUCAGGAGACAACCAGUUGGCUAUUUACAAGCAUGGCCAAGGAUUUGAUCUCGGGACGACCAAGAACAAGAGCAGGACUCGAACCUGGGACCUGCUGGAUUGCGAGUCCAACGCGCUGACCACUCGGCCACGCUGCCUCUUAACAAGAGAAUGUAGGUUCAAUUCUGUGCAUAAAUGCCAGCCAAGAAAUAAAAAUUUUUUUCCUCUAAAAAUAUGUCCAAGUUUUGAGUUUUGACUCGUACCUGAGCAAAUAGAGUACCCUCAAAAAAAUUAUUACAUUAUAUUGCCCUUACACUUUAUUUAUGAUCAGCAGUUAUCUGGGGGCAUCAUACCUUAAUUUUUUCCUUUGCCAACUUCACAGUACUACUUAUUUUUUAUUUGAGUAAAAUACAUUAAGCAAAUUUUGUCUGUUUUUAAUUUGCAGUUCCCAGUGUAACACCCACAGAUUUUGUACUCAAGCGUGACAGCUCAGGAACAAGACUCAUAUCAACUUGGAAAGCUCCUGAUUCUACGAAGGUCAAUGGCAGAAUCACUUACUAUGUCAUCAAGUACAGAAAGUUUGGAAGCACAGAGGAGAACACAACUCAGAGAAUUGCGGUAAACAUUUUCAUUGAAAACUAAGUUGCCACAGGAACAGCCACAGAAAUCACACAAACAGGAUAUUCCUACAAAAAAACAUCUUUAGAUCGAUCGAUCAAUCUUUGUGUCCUACAGGACACAUGCCACAAAAUUAUUUGCGUCUUUGGGGGUUUUUAUGUGUCAGGGACACAGGAUGCAGAGGUAUGAAAAUCACUGUAAUAGUCAUGAAUUGUCAUUCUUAAUGCAGUAAAAAGAGGUAAACAAGUAGAUAAAUGCAAAAUUAAAGGUUUUGUGGUAAGGUUAAGAUGUUUAUGCUUUAGAAUCUUGCCGUAAGUAAUGUAUAUGACUGACUCAAAUUGAAAGAUACAUGUCACCAAACCUUUUAUGGGAGAUGAUAUUUGGAAGUGAAAUGUGCUACAAAGGAAUGCAUUCCAUAUGAAACUUUGAUGCUUUAGUGGGGUUGAUUGUACAGUUAGGGUUGUGAUGACUGAUUUCAUGUGAAAAGUCAGAGAAAGCCAUUGUUCUGGGUAAAGCCAGCAAAAACGUAAUUGUCAGAUGAGCUUUCCUUUCACAUUUUAUACAGUAGGCAUAAAUAUUCUUGCAGGACAGAGAAAAUUUUGUGUGUUUUUUUGGUUCUAGAUAUAUAGACUAGCAACUGUGAAGUGACAUUUGUAAUGUUCAUUACCUUAGCCACUUGGUAAGAUCUGACUUUGGAAUAACAGUGCCUUUGGACCUCUUGAUAACACAUUCCUUUCAUUUUAGGCUGACAAACUGGCGUAUGUCAUCAAGGGUCUAAUGCCAAGCACAAGAUAUGAAGCCAAAAUAGCAGCAGGAACUGAAUCUGGGCUUGGAUUAUAUACCCAGGAUUGGGUAGAAGCAAGCACAAAUUUCACUGAUUGUAACGGUAAAAAUAACACAUGAAAUAAUCCAUGCCUUUCUCUUAACCUUAUGCAUGUUAAAUCUGUCAUGAAAGUCCUCUGCUAUGACCAUUCAUGUAGAAAAUCUGAGUGAUUAUUUAUGUCCUUUUGUACGGUUUGGUUUCCACAAAACACAUCAUUGCCAAUCCACAGUGCCACAUGGCCAACACAAAACUUAGAGGUCAGCCUUACAGCAGUAUAAGUAGCUUUGAUGGAUUACUAAGAAAAUACGAGUUUGUAAAACUAUGAUACAGGUGAAUGCCAAAGCCUGUCAGCUGUUCAUGCAUGUAAUAUGUUACAAAUGCAAGAUUUUAAUUAUUCCUGUAGUCAUUCAGUAUUGUCAAUAUUGGUUGUUAAGACAGAUUGUACAAGUUCAUCCAAAACUUUAUUGCAGGGUUCACACAGUCUUAAAAAGUCCUUGAAUUUUAGGGGAAGUCCUUGAAUUUUCUUCAAAUUUGAAUGUAGUGGCCUGGGCAGUGUAUUUUGGUUGUCCAUGACAGAAUAAUCAUAGCUCAGAGAAUUUAAUGUUUAUGCAAUAAUUAACUAUAGCAAUUUAAGACAAGUGAACUGGAAAAUGUAAAGAAGUUGGCAAAGCAAACAGUUCAAGCCUUUAGGUCUUAUUAGAAUGGACUGGAAAUGUGCAUUUUUGUACAAUCUGAAAAUUAUAUUCCUAGUAGGUGGUCCUUGAAAAGUCCUUAAAAAAUAAUUAAUUGUUGGAAUUAAUUUUUUGUUUGAACCCGGUAUUCUGAUUGGCCACCCAAAGUGGCACGAAGGUCCUGUCUUACAUGCUAGGGAUUUCCGACUUUGUCUGGCAAGGGCUUAAGAUUUUUGCAUUUUAAUAAACCUGGGGUACUUACUAUUUUAUGUGGAAAAAACCCAGAAAUUCCAGUUGGUUUGUGUCGUUCUGUUUAGAAAGCUUCAGAAAGUAUGGGCUGUGAUUUUGAGGCAUUGCAAUUUUUCUGCUCUUUUUAGUCUGUUUAGCUCAUUUGGAUACACUUUGUAGUAGUUUUAUGUCUAAGCACAAGAUUUUUGUUCCAUUUUUGUGUAAAUGGAGGGCACCCCUGGACUUGACCUUGUACUUGCUGAGUAUGCAAAAAUGCCUUCACACCUGGGCAUAUUCAUCUCGUAUAUCCAUAGUGUUAUCACUUGUUUUAUCAGUGUCUUUUGAACUGGUGAAGACCAUUCUUCCUGGCAUCAUUAUUAUUAUUAUCGUUAUUAUUAUUGUUAUUUUGAACUGUUAUUGUAAUUAUAACAGUGAAACCCUGCUUUAUGGAUACGUCAUUAUUAUGGACAGUUUGCUUUGUCCCUGGAAAAAGAAAUGCCUUACAUUCUCUCUAAAUUCAACUCGCUUAAUUAGGACAUCCUGUCAAUACAGACACUUUCUAUGGCCACCUCAGUGUUCUUAUUAAUAGGGUUUGACCGUAUUAUUGUUAUUAUUAUUAUUAUUAUUAUUAUUAUUGUAUAAAUGGGGUGAGGAUAUUGAAGUGCUAAGAACUUGAACAUUAGCCCUUUAAAUUCCUACGUCAUUGCUUUUUCAAUUGGUGAAUUGUAUUUUGUUGCUUAGUUAUAAAUUUCUUGUUAUAUUAAUAUUGUGUUUUUAGAGGAAACAGUUCCUGGUAAACCCAGAUUUGACAGUAUAAAGCGGUUCCCCAGUGCCAUCUUGGUGAAAUGGCUUCCUCCAGAUAAUUCAGGCCUGAUAUGCGUUACUGGUUACAGCCUGGGAUGGGGCAAAAAUACACCAUACCAGGCUUCUUCAAAGCCUUUAAGUGGUGAUGAAACACAGUAUCUUAUCGACGAUUUGGGUAAGUGCUGUACAGGUGAUUCCUUUGGCUUGUAAUUAUUUCAUUUCCCCAUAGAUACAUACCAUCAGGGUGCAAAGAAAGUCAGUUUUACAGCUUGCUAUUGGCGCAAGCUGUAGCUAGCAUACACUAGCCCAAGAGUCACUUUGACAAGCAGGAUUUUAUGGAUUAAAAUUCUUCCAUAAUUUAAAUUCCCGCAAAAAAUUCACUCUUCUGUCGGGCAAGUUAAGAACACAAUUCACUAGCCAACUGAAAAAUCCAAUAACCCCGGGCUAGCUGAUACAGCUCUCUUUGCACACAGACCAUGCAGGGCUGUUCUUUAGCAGAGCCUGGUGACCCCUGGUGCCUAACUUUUGCUUUCAAACAAGUGGAAAAUCUUACUUUUUCAGACAAAUUGUAUGUAAUUGUGUUCAAUUUUUGUAGAGUACAGUCUUGACCAUGGCAGAAUUUCAGCAACACAUGGCAAAAGGAAAGAGAUAGUGGGGUAUCUUAACCAUUGAUUGUGUUUGGUUUUGUAGAACCUGAGCAGAAGUAUGUUAUUAAGUUGUAUGCAACCAACAGCAAUGGGAAUGGACUUGACAUCCAGAUGCAAGUACGAACCUUGGCUGGAUCAGGUAGAAUCAUAAUAUUGUUUUUACCAAGUCUUUCUCAGAAACGUAUUGCGAACCAGCCCCCCCAAAAUUUAGAGCAAUGUUUUUCUAUUAAAUUGAAAAGCUCAUGCUAAAAUUAGGGCUCAUUUUAGGCAAAAAAUUCAUGUUUCCACUUAGCAUACCAUAGUUUUUAACUGACCUCUUCCAUUGUACUUAAAAUGGAACCAGUGUGCUAAGUAGUCACUCCCUGGGGUUUUUAAUAAAAUUUUCACUUGUUAUGAGCAGUGUAACCUACUGUAUCAACUAUUGAGUUUCACAUGUCACCAGUAAAAUAAUAAAUAAAUAUUUUUUUUAUUGUAGGACAGCAAGAGCCUGUGAAAAACUUGAAGGCAAUCCCUCUGUCGUCAAAUGUUAUGUAUGUUUCAUGGAAAGACACAAAAGUUUCCACAUCUGUUCCAAUUGUAUAUCAUGUGUACCACUCUGUGCAUGGUCAACUGAAGUACUGUGGAAAUACAACAGAGAAGCACAUCAAGUGUAAUCGUUUGAAGCCUUUUAAGAAGUACAUGUUUUAUGUCAGGCGCAAUGAGGAAGGAUUUAAUGCUACUGUCAGCAAUUUCACCAUGGAAGACAGUAAGUGUACUUUAACCUGUCAGCUUGAUUAUAUACAGUGGAACCUCUAUUCAGGGGACACCUUCAGGACCAAAGCAAAUGUCCCCUGAAUAGAGGUUUCCCUUCAAUGGAGGUAACAAAUGCAAAGAUUAAGUGAACAUUUUUCCAGGACACAAUUUUUUGUCCCCUGUAAGGAGGUGUUCCUUGAUUAGAGAUGUCUCAAAGGAGAGGUUCCACUGUAUAAUAAAGAGCUUUCUAAAACCGGUUCCAUUACAUUGAACAAUGUUUAAAUAGUGUUCUAAGUACAUAAUAAUUGGCAUUUUGUAACUUAUCAAGUAACUUACAAAAUGACAACAGGCCACUUCCGAGUUCCAAAAACUUUCACUUUCAAAAUGAGGCUAGGUGCACAACCUUUCUUGUGAAAAUGAAGGGGGCGCGGUGGGGGAGGCUAACAAAAAAGGACUAAAAAGAGUGUUUCAAAACAAGCUACUUAUCAGUGUUGAUCAAAAUACUUUUUGAAUUUACUCACUUUUUUAAACUUCAAAGCGAAUUCAUUUUAUUACCAGCGAGAGAGGGGCUUGUAUUGGGGGUGGGGGGAGGGCUUUUAAUAAGAUUUAUUUUUUGAUUUACAGAUUCAUGGGCCCAUAACCGGGUGUGUCAGGGGGGGAAGGCUAUAAGCAGACAUUUAUGGUAUUAUAUGUUUAUCUAAAUAUGUAACCACGUAACUUUUGAUUUUCAAGAACCAGGUCCCCCUAUGCACCUCACAGGAAACCCAAAUGAAACAAACUUCACUCGUUUGACAUUAAACUGGCAGCCUCCCCGUGCGCUGAAUGGGCCUGUGCUUGAAUACCGGAUAUUUUACUCCAAAAAUAGUAGUGCUCCAGGUGAAAAAUGGAAAUCUGUAAAAGCUGAUGGAUCAUCCUUAACAAAGGAAAUAUCUGGUCUUAAGCCUGGAACAGCUUAUUUUUUUAAGAUGCAGGCACGCACAAAGAAAGGCUGGGGACCUAUGUCGAGUCCAAAGAAAUUCUCUACUCUGUCAAGUAAGUGUAGUGUUUGUAACUGUUCAAUCUUAGAGGCAAGAAGACAGUCUAAUACAUAUGUACAAAAUUGUCAACUUCUCAAUGCAGGUGAUUAUUAGGGUUGUGCUGUGGCAUUUACAAUCAAGUCAGGUCAAGCAAACCCCCCAAGAUGCCAUUAAUAAACUUAUUAGCAGUUGUAGAUUUCAGAUUCAUCUCUCAAUUCCUGAGUUAAUAGUAAAUUUCAGAUUAUGAAUUUCUACGAGAAGUUUCUUAAAUUUGAUGAAUAUAUCAAAAUGAGCAGUGUUUCAUGAAUUCACACGUGGGGUUGUUUUGUGAAUUUCGAGGUGUUUCAUCGAGAUCAUGUUUGUUUCUUCAAACAAAAUCAUUUUUGAAUGGAAAGUGUUUCAUCGAUUUCAAACACUAAUUUUAUUUCUAUUUUCUUAAUGAAUUUUUGAAUCUGAAACUUGAAUUUUAUCUAUUCAAAGAUUUUUAAUCUGACUGAAUACAGAGAAGUUGUCAUAAAAAAUUCACGGCAGCUCAUUAUGCAUGCAGAGAUGCACAUGAUUUGAAUUUGAUACUGGUUGUGGCAACAGCUAAAGGAUUCAACUUUCGAAUGAUAAAUUCAUUAAUGGGAUCUUAUCUAUGCUUGGCCUGGCUUGACCUGGCUUCACUGUAAUAAAAACUAUUAAAUGUCAAAUAUCAAAGUUAAUGUAGUAUUUUUUUUUCUUUGCUUUGUUCAAAAUUGAUAGCAACUAUGCCCUAUUUUCUUGUAUGUUAGCUCCAAUGCCAAGUAAAACAGUUACAGACACCUGUUAAUACUGACAACAGAUGCAUUUAGGAGACCAGGUUCAACGGCAAAUUCUUUGUUUACAUAGAUACAUACAUACAUACAUACGUUAUUAUUAUACAUCAGACUCACUAUGAAAAAUCUGAUUGGUCGAGAGCAUUCAAUCAAUUCACAAUAGCUUGUGAACUUGACAUGAUAAAUGCAAUAUCUGCUGCAGAUAUUGCAAAGCUGAAGUUUAGUGUUCUCCUCAGAAACAGAAUGGCUGAAUGUCUUCUUUUGCCAAUUGUUUAAAAAUGUAUAAUAAAAAAUUGAAUUCGGUUUACGCAUGAUAUCAUGAAUUAAAAUAUCUGCCUCAGCCUUCCUCGGAAACCUCGGUUUUGAUAAUUCAUGAUAUCAUGCUCAACCUCAUCCAAUAAUAAUAAAAAUUGUUUAUUAACGUGACUAACACUUAGCUAUAAAGCUAGUUUACAGGUCAGUCAUGAAAUGAAAAGAUAAAUAAACAAGCCUGGAAACUAUAGUAUAUGGAAAACUGCAUAAAAUUAUAGAACUAUUAAACUUAUAUACAAAGGGAUCUGGGUUAAAUUGCGAAAAAGGGUCUAUAAACUUGCAACUAUGUAAAAGUGUUUAAAAUGAUAUAGUAUAUGGAAAGUGCAUAAAAUUUUAAAACUAUAAUACUUAUAUAAUAAGAAAACUAAGUUAAAUUGCGAAUAAAGGACUAUAAACUUGCAAGGUCGAGCUCCUUCAGCCCACGUUUAAAACUCCGAUAGCUAUCCAUAUUUCUUAAAUUAUUACGAAUAGUGUUCCAUAGUCGGGCAGCCUGGUAUCUCCAUGACGUGAUCCCAUACUGUAGAAUUUACUUUAGGUAAUUUUAAAAUAGCAUCACCACAUAAAUUGUAAUUAGAAUUACGUGCCGUCAAUAACGCGGAAAUGAUAUAGGUGUGUUUCUAUUCCCAGUAUUGCUCCAAACACUGUAUUUGACAUUUUUGCAAGUCUUUGAUUUGCUAAUGUGCCAUAUCCAUUUUUAACAACUAGUGUCUCAUAAGUAGAGAUUUUGUCAUGGUAAACGAAGUGGAGUGCACUAUUGUUCAGUUUUUCGAGUUUUCCUGUUAAGCGAUUACUAUGGAAAUGCCAGACUCGGCACAAUAAUUAAAAUGUGGAGCAAUAAAUGCCCUAUAUAGCUUUUCCCGUAGCUUUAAAGGAAGCAACUUCUUCCUCCUUUUCAAAACAGCGAUUUGCUGGCACGCUUUGUGACAUAUUUCCCUAAUUUGACUUUCGAACUUCAAUUUAUUAUCGACCGUAACACCCAGAAGCUCUACCUCCUCUACCAGAGGGAUGCUUGUGUCUUCACACUUGAAAACAGGGUCUCGUGAUGUCUUUUUUUUAUGUGCCAUUUAAUAAUGAUCGUGUGUUCUUUCACAGGUUCUCCAGGAUCAAUAGUCACCAUAUCAACAGGUAAUCUCCCGAUUAAAUGUUCUAAAUUUUGCCAGUUCAAUUCAUCGUUUUGGUCUUUGUAGCAUUACAUUUGCAUUGCAGCUGGAGUCAUAAGACACCUAUGUCUCCAGAGAGCCUACUGAAUGUUGACUCGUCUUAUUUUACCUUAAAAUGUACAGAAUUAUUUUAAUAGAUUUAAGAAAAUAUGAACCUGUUUCAUAUCUUAGACUGAAGAAGUCCUUGCAGAGAAUUGCAGUUGUUUCGCCCGAAAGGCGAUUCGGCGUUCGCCAUGACAUCGGUCGAUUCGCCCGAUGAUAUACGACAUGGUGAACAUACCUUUCGAGAUGUUAUUUUAGUUACCCUUGGAUUCAACAUGUGCAGUCACUGUCUUUCCAUGCUUAUUCCCUUUUUUCAGGCUUAUAGAACGACAAAUACGCUUCGUGCGAAUCGACCUAGUCUGAGCAAACCGCUAUCGUGCGAACCAAUCUUUGAGCAAAACGACCUGAUACCCUUGUGCCUAACUGGCAAAUUUUAGACUAACAGGUUUUUGAAAAAUAGGUUACUUCUUGCGGGUACUUUCGCCCCAUGUAUGGAAAUUCAGAUGACCGAAUCUGGGAAUUUUUUGCUUGUGGGAUCUGGAAUCCAGGAGAUUUUUGCUUGCAGAAUCUAGAUCCUGGGCUUUGGAAUCCGCGAACAGCUCAAGGAAUCCGGAAUCCCACUAACGAUUGAAAUCCGGAUUCCAAGUUCCACUGACAAAGAAUCCAGAAUCUAGUGCCUAUAAUCCAGAAUCCAUGACUCUGGAAUCCCUUACAUAAGUAGCUUCCCCGCAGACGUCCUUUGGGGUUCGUUCGUCGAGAAAUGAAUGCGUGACAAACGAACCCCAAAGGACGUCUGCGGGGAGGCUAUUACAUAAGGCAAUUCCUUGUUUUCUUCCUCUGCAGGGUUGAGUUCACCUGCACCCACUGAAACCAAUGCCGCCGCAGCUCAGGCAGGAGCUGGAGGACUAAAGAACAAGACUCUUUGGAUUGUUAUAGCUGCUGUUGCCGGCAUUACACUCAUUGCCAUCAUUAUAAUCAGUGUUAUCCUUUGUAAGAAGAGGUCCGGAGAUGACAUACACAGGUCAGUCUUGAAUGAAGGCACUAACCUUUAGGUCAUAUCAAGCAGUGGCUAGAUCUUAUCUGCUUUGUUGCUGCCAUUUUUUUUAAUGUUUCUGGCAUUACAUUCAUUGCCAUCAUCAUAACCAGUGUUAUGCUGUGUAAGAAGAGAUCCGGAGAUAUCAUACUGUUUACACGGGUAACUAUUGAAUGAAGGCACUAACCUUUAGGUCAUAUCAAGCAGCGGCUACACCUCAUCUGCUUUAUUGCUGCCAUUUUUUUGUACUUGGUGAAAAGUAUAAAAGUCCAAGUUCAAAUGUUGGCAAACUUUCCAUAUACUGAACUUGAUACUUACUUAUAUUGGCCGACCCAAACGAUACAAGUUCGAUAGUUGAUUUAGACGGCAUUGAACUUUACAGUGGAACGUCGGUAUAACAAAGUCCUCGACAUAGCGAACGAUUUUCUUUACCCCAGUAAUAGUAAAAUAUAUAAAAGAGACCUCCAAUAUCAUAGCCAAACCACACUAUGUAGCGAACAAAUUCUGCCAGUCCCUUGGCACUUAGUUAUUUCAAUGUUUGACUGUAAGUCGGACUCAGUUCAUUAUCACGAUAUGCAAGUCAACGCCCCUGCCUUUUACCAUUUAUUUACAUAAUUUUACUUUUCAGCUGGUCGCGCGUGGCACUGAUGAAAGAGAGAAGACCGUUCGCGGUCUAUAUGCCAUUUAUCCCUUGCCCAAUCUGAAAUAUUGUUCAACAUUUCCUUGUCCUUUUAUAUAAAUUACAGGAAACCUCCAACCUACAAACAAGUCAUACAAGCGAAUGGCUCUGCAAAGAAGAAACACAAGGAAGAGAAACCGCCAGAUUUGUGGAUUAAUCACACAGAGAACCUCGAAAUGAAACCAGUAGAUUCUGUAAACCCUGCCCCUGACGUGUGUACCAAUACAACGGCACUGAUACCAAGGUUAGCACAACAGCCAUUGCUUCAUCUGAACUGACUGGAAAAUUACAAUAUGAAAGUUAAUUCAGCAGGUUUAGUUUGUUGUUCACCUCAACCUGUGUCAAAUCUUAAAGGGGUUAUAUCACCCUAUUUGCUAUCUUUUUAAGAAGCUCAAACCUGUCUUUGCGUCAAUCCACCGUACCUAAAAAGAUGGCGACUGGUACAUUUACCCACAGUUCUUAGCGCAUGAAAACCAUAAAAUUGCUCAUAAAAACGCACAGAAAAGCUUUAUAAACUUCAAACCUAGGAUAGGCAAUGUUGCUAUUACAGGGACGAAUUUCGUCCCCCCAAAAUAUGACUUUAUGUGUAAUUGGCCGUGUUAGGUUCGAAAGGAAUUGUGGUAAAAUGUACAGCCGCCAUCUUUUUCCGUACGGCGGAUUGAAGUCCAAAACUAAUGGCCCAGUUUUGUUAAUUAAGACAAUAUUAUGUGAAAUGAAUAUGACUUAUUAUGAUGUUUCGAAGCUAAUUAAAAAUCCUGUGAAUGUAAACUGUAUUUUGAUCAGCACUGUUAUAGCUUGUUUUAAUCGAUUUUUUUAAAUUCCGGUUGAAAAGCCCCCCUCGGAUAUAAACCCUUCCCUAUAUAAGCCCCCCUAAAACCCCUUACAGAGAUGAGUAAUCCCAUGUGUUAUAAGCGUUAGUUUACGUUAAAUGUAUUGUGCCUUCCUCUUCACGAUAGACUUUUAGUGAUAUAGGAAAGGCAUGAUCGCUCGCUAUACUUAUUCAUGGGAGAGUAAUUCCUGUGACUCAGCCCAAAAAGAGGUUAACCAUAGUAACAAUUGGUGUGGUAACCUGCGUGUUGCACCAAUUCGUAGAAGGUCACUUCAUGAGUGGAACCCCGCUCUGAGGACACCCGCUUCAUACGGACACCCUGAUAAUGUGGACACUAUGGCAUGUCCCUUUGGGCCCAUAUUAACCGGGUUUCACUGUACCCUGUUGCCAUGGUUUUCCACCAGGGUCAGAGCUCCUUUGCUUCAGAGUGCUAUAAGGAUACACACAAUUAAAAUUACUCUGGCGCAUUGGUUUGUGAAACUGACUGUGAGACAUUGUCUGUUAGGCGUUCUGAAGAAAUGAAGCCAGUGGAAGAUUCACCGCUUGACCACCUGCAUGUCGACAAUGAAAGAAGCUCAUUUUUGAACGGCAGUGAUGGUGAACCUGAAGACUUUGACGACCUUCCCCCUCCCCCUGUGUUCGACAGCAAAAGUGACCCCUACUUAGACUACCCUGAUGACAAUAGAACACCAACACCACCCCCCUCCCCAGGAGUGUCACCCUUCAAUCCACCGAGAUCAGUCACACCAGAAAAUGGUAAGUCACGAGGACGUGUUGCCUGGGUCGUAAUAUUUUUCAUCUCAUUUUCCACUUCUACAGGCCAUUGUUGCGAUUAUGCCAUUUAACCCUUUAAACCCUAAUAUCAAAAUCCAAAUUCUCGUUUGUUAUCCCUAUACAUUUUCAAUAGAAGUAGUUGGGAGAAUUUGUUGAAGUAUCAACUAGAUUCAUCUUGUAUGAUCAUGUCCUCAAUUCUCCUGACCACUGUGUUUUAUAAAGCAGUGAUAUUACAAGGAGAAAUUUGACGCUGAUCACUCUUAGGGCUUACCAUUUACAUGGGAAAACCGGAAAUCCCGGUUGGAAAAUCAAGUGGUUCGCGCCAUUCCGUUUGGGAUUCUUCAGAAAAUAUGGGCUGUGAUUUGAGGCGAAUCCAUUUUCCGCUCUUUUUAGUCUGCCAAGGUAUUUAUUCAACUAUUUACUUCAUUUUCUUUUCCAGUUAAAAGACCCAUGUAUCCUAUGACUAGUACGCCCAGGUAUCAAUUGAGUCUUCCUCGAACGGGCUCCUUUGAAAACAACACUCUUGAUGUGACGGAUCCUCGUCCGCCCAAGAGAUCAAGGUCUUACGAUCCAGACUUCGGGCCGCUCACUUCCAAGGUUUGUCGUUUUGCUUAUUUACCAACGUAGGUAAACCGGCUAACUAGAAUUGUUGGGUGAAAACUGUACAAGGUUUUGUGUACAAGUUGUUUACAUAGUAGUGAGUUUACCUUCAUUGCAAGGAUUUUCUUUUGCUGACCCCCCUUUCAAUGUGUCCAACAUUUCAACUGGCAUGAGUUUAAUUAUAUUUUUCCGUAAGUCAACUGAUAUUACCCUGCGUAUUGCCGCUCUCUCCCCGAUGUUACUGAACUUACGCAAGGGGAUGGCAGAAAGAAGAGGAUGGCAAAACAGAAGAGUUUGAAAAACGUGACAGGGUUAUUACUUGCGAUUUCUGUUGUGAUCUUCACUGUGGUCUUUGACAAAAUGAACUGUUUAAAGAGAGAUGAAGUUUGGUUGUAAAUUUUGUCAAACAAUUAUUGUCACGCUUGUCAUACUGACGAGGUUUGCCGUCUUCUUUCCUCUGCCGCAAUCCUAGUUGCGCAAGUUCACCCAGUUUGUUUGAGGGUCAAGGCGGCUGUACACAGUGUGAAUCUGUUGAGGGAUUCAAGCCCCUUUCACACAUAAUCCGGAUAUUUUUUUAAAACGGACAUUUUUCCUCUCCGUUUUCCCAAAAAUACGCGUCUACACUUAGUGUAUUCGAAUCGUUUUCCCCCGUCCAGACAAAAACACUAAAACGAUGGAAAUAGAUAGCAUCCCGCUCAGCGCCCAUGCGUAAUGCUGGUAAUAUACGAUGUAUAUACGAUGUAUGACAUCAUUGAAUUCGAAAACCUUCGUUUUCGUCCAUCCACAUGUAAACAAGAAGCAAGCGUUUUCUAAAAUUUCCACUCUGGAGAGCGUUUUUGAAAAGAUGUGUUUUCGGUAAUCGUUUUCACCGGAUACGUGUGGGCAGAAGGCCAAACCAAAGGAAAAUGUCUCCGUUUUCAAACAAAAACGGAUACGUGUGGACGGGGCAUCAUAGCAAAACCCAAUUUGUUCCUCAAACAGGUGCCUGUCUAUCCAGUGCCUUACCAGUCCCCAGUUCCUCCUUCUACGUCACCAAAACCCAAAUCACCAGUUGCUCCUGCAGACGACAUUCAGCUACCACCAAUCGGCUUCAACCGUAAAACGCAACCCAAUGGCUACUGGACACCUCCACCGAAAUAUGACGACAUAUUUGCUCGCCGCUCGAGACCUCCUUCCUCUCCGCAAAAGGUACCUAAAAAUAGUCUCGCCCAUUUGUUAUGUCUGUUAUGGUCAUUGAAGAAGCAUUAUUCAAGAACAUUUAUGUUAUGGUUAUCGUUAGAUUGAACCUCAUUAUUCAAGAACAUUUUUGGUAUUUAGGUUAACAGUGAUAUUUUAUGUUUAGAAAUUUGGACCUCAUGAAAUAUCACGAGAUUGCGAAAUAUCACGUACAAAAUGUAAAUUUGUUUGUACUACCAGAUGAUGUUUUUCAAAUUAAGCUGAAAUACCACUGCGCUUCAAAUUGCAGAAAUUUCUCAUGUAGUAGUUUAAGGUAAACAAUCCGGAUGAGUUUGUCAUGUCUCUUAUAGACAACAGUGAGUUUACGCAACAAGGCGAAAGAAGAGGACGGUAAAACGCUUGUGUAUGAUGAGAAACGUGACAGGGCUGUUACUUACGUGUUAUGUCGUGAUCCUCACUUUACAUUUUAAAAUGUUUUCUGGUCUUUACAAAAAGAAAGGAAAGUGAAGUUUGGCGUAAAGUUAUUUCAAGCAAAAUUAUUGUCACGGUUGUUACACAAGGCUUGCCGUCUUCUUUCCUCUCCCGUCCUGUUGCUUACUUUCAUAAUAUACAGCUAUUUCGAGAAAGGUUGUCGGAAAAACUGUGCACUCGGCAAUCCCGAAAGGUAAUAUGGGAUAUGAUCAGUGCACUUUUCCUGACACUGUUCCUGUCGAAUCUACUUUUGUUGCUUUCCUGUAGCACUUGCAAACAUACGUCCAUGGCUUCUCGUGCAAUUCUUUGAAAUUUCUUUGAAAAACAGUGAACUCCAAAUCACCCACAAUACCCUUCGAGAUUGUGGCUUGCACUUUUUCCGACAACCUUUCUUGAAAUAGCUGUAUGUGGUAAUUCGCUAAUUUAGAAACUUGAGCCGAUUUCCGUCUCGCAUUUGUUUCCGGCAUCGUUACUGAGGACGCGCCGGUCAGCUGGUGGCGAUUUUGUUUUCUUGUCCCUGGGGGCUAAAUGGAAAACAAAAAAUUGGAGCAAGUAAUAUUCCCAGAAGUCUUUGCGAAAGUUAACUCGCUAAGUUUCCUUCACGCGUCUAAAGUGACGAAUAAACGUGAGGGAAAAGGGGGUCAUAACGAGUAAGCUCCAAAUGCAAAGUCUUGCUCGUAUUUGAAUCUCAAAGGUCCCUAUUAUUAAGGUCGUUAGCGAAAGUUUUUCAGCGAUAUCCAGACAGCGCGAAAUGGGUCAAGAGUACAAGAUACGGUAAAAUGCGCAAUCGAAUGCUUGAAGUAGCUUGUUAAAGAGUAAUUCUUGCAGAAAUUAACCCUUUAAGCCCUAAGAGUGAUCAGCAUCAAAUUUCUCCUUGUAAUAGCAAUGCUUUGUUAGACAGAGUGGUCAUUAGAAUUACGGACAUGAUCACACAAGAUGUAUUUGUUUGAUAUUUUAUCAACUUCUCCCCACUACGUCUGCUGGAAAUGAAUAGGGGCAACAAAUGAGAAUUCAAAUUUUGAUCUUAGGGUUUUAAUGUUGUGAUAUUAACAGGGACCUGCCGCCUGCUAACUCCCUUUCAUAGUGUAGUGAUUUCUUUUGUGUUCUCUUAACGAAGUAUUUGUGAGUCCGAGAAGUACGAAGAUGUCGGGGUAUAUGGUGUUGAAUUCAUUUCAGUUUUGUAUUGUUAACCGUUUCUUACUGUGUAUUGGUUGUGCUAGGAUGCGGUUGUAGCAGACCUUGAUAAAGAAAUAGCAGGACUUGAGGGUUUGAUGAGAGACUUGAACGAGAUCACUGCUGGCGACUAUAUAAUCUAA